CUAAGCUUCCAUCAGCAAAUUCUUCUACCCAGUAACAUACUACGUGCAGACAAGUCCGACUAAACCAUCGAAUCAAUGGCGGGCGUGAGCCGGAGCAUGGUGGCGCCGCUGCUGGUGCUGAACCUGGUGAUGUACAUCGUCGUCAUCGGCCUCGCCAGCUGGAACCUCAACCACUUCAUCAACGGCACCACCAACUACGCCGGCGUGGCCGGCAACGGCGCCACCUUCUACUUCCUCGUCUUCGCCAUCCUGGCCGGCGUGGUGGGCGCCGCCUCCAAGCUCGCCGGCGUGCACCACGUCCGGACCUGGCGCGGGGACAGCCUCGCCACCAGCGCCUCCUCGGCCCUCGUCGCCUGGGCCAUCACGGCGCUCGCCUUCGGGCUGGCGUGCAAAGAGAUCCACGUCGGCGGGCACCGCGGCUGGCGGCUCCGGGUUCUCGAGGCGUUCAUCAUCAUACUCGCCUUCACCCAGCUGCUCUACGUCAUGGCGCUCCACGCAGGUCUCUUCGGCAACCAGUUCGGCGACGGGUACGCCGCGGAGCACCAGUACGGCGACCACCAUCACAAGGGCAUGGGCACCGGCGCCGCCACAGCCAGGGUCUGAGUUGAGCUUGCUCUGCUUAAUUUGGGGCUCCGUGGAUGAACAAGCUGUAUGUAACUAGCACGUAUCAAUGUAUGUUUGUGCGCGCGUGUGUGCGCUGUAACAUGUAUGCAUACAUAGUCGUCGGUGUUUGUGCAUGUACUGCAGCUGUUUUUUUGAAGGACUGUAGGUACAUGUACUAGUUCUGGUCCUGUUUAAUUUCCAUCAAGUAAGUAUCUAGUAGCUACCAUGUUUAAUUUUCAUCUAGUUUCUGCUAGUACCUUGUUUUGAUGUUUGUAAUCCCAUCGAUCAGUGUGGAUUGCCUGGCCGGCCUGCAUCGUUGGCUCCCGCUGGCCGGCAUUGACUUCUGGAUGAAUUAUGAAUGAAUGUAUUACCGGUAGUA